CUAUGGUUAUUGUGAAACAGUGACGUGCUUGUGAUUUGUGUGGUUGUGUGAUUUUUAUUUUGAUAAUAAUUUAAUUUACUUAUUCAUGUAAUAUGUAUAAAAUCUCAGCAAUAUGGAUUAAAUUACCCAGUCGACCGAUCACUGCUUGAUCAUGUGUAAAAAAAACUUUAAUGAAUGGAAAUCGUGGUUUCAUCAUCUUAAUCCACAGGAGCAACGAAACUAAAAAUGGGUAGCAAAAAAGAUAAAUGGGAAGCAUUGACCACAGUGAAAUCGUUUGAUUUAGGUCUAGCUCACAACAGUCAGCAUGACUCCGUCUUACAGCACAGCAUGCAACAAAUUGACCUUAUCAACUCCACCGCUACUACACCCAUUAGUCUUCUUGUUCAAUCCCUCGUCAAGCAACUCUGUACACUUCUAGAAAAAGAUUGCUCCAAAGCCAACCAACUGUACAAUACAAUAUGCGAGAAGUUACACAGCAUGAAGCUCAUCGACGAUUCCUAUGCAAUGGGCGAGUUUGAAGUUAUGAGGAGCCAGUAUCAACGUGCCUUGUACCAGCUCGUCACAAUUGCCAGUGGUUCAGAAAUACCAAUCACUCUUCCAGCUACGUGGCCAAUUACUAGAUCAGGUCUCGAAUGGUCGCGAUAUCACAAGGAAUUUGAGGAAUUGUACUUCAUCGCUGGUGGUGGAUUUGGUAGCGUGUUUAAAGCACGACACAGAUUGGACGGAGUUGAAUAUGCCGUGAAGAAAGUGUUCAUAAAAUCCUCUGACGUAAAUUCCAUCAUGACCCAUCUCGCCGAAGUGAAAACCAUAGCCAGUCUCAAUCAUCCCAACAUAGUGAAUUACAAAGCUGCUUGGCUAGAACCGUUAAUUGAAUCUAAAGUGAAAAAGAAGCGAAAAUUCCAAAUGGAUACAGAUACCGAAGACAUAUCAUUGAGCUCAAAUAGAGUAUCUUCAGUUUACACGAACAUGAUGAAGUCUUUCAAAACGUAUAAUUCAAAAGAGCUGACAAAGCAGCACAGUCAAUCAGACUUUGUGAUAUCUUUCGAGAAUUCGGAGGGCUUCGAAAACGACCAUUCCGAUCUGGACGAAAGCGAGAGCGACGACGAACCGCCGUCCGCAGAACAUAACGCUAUAUGCAAAUUCCUAACCAGCGAGGAGUACGAGAAUUGUUCACGGGUCAAUUUAAAAUGGGCGACUCUCUACAUACAGAUGACGUUCUGUAAGCAAACGUUAAAGCAGUGGCUGGAUGAGCGGAACAGUCACAUGUCGUUGGCUAGAAAGGGUUCCGACGAGCUGUGCCUCCAACAUUCCGAUUCAAACGAUUCUGGAAGUUUCGACACCCAUAUAGUACCGGACGUUACGUAUCCUAUCGCUUGGACUCGUAUAGACAUUAUCGUGGAUAUGUUCACGCAGUUGGUUCGCGGUUUGCACUACAUACAUUCGAAGGGCGUUAUCCACCAUGACGUGAAGCCGAGUAAUGUGUUUGUGGGUGAGAGUGAGAGUGGGUUGUUGGUGCAGUUGGGUGACUUUGGUCUGGCCUGCCCGCUGCAGCAGUCGCACAGUGGGUUGGCGCUGGGCACGCAUUUGUAUGCCGCUCCGGAACAGCUGGAAGGGCAGUGUAAUCCAAAGAGCGACAUGUACUCCCUCGGGAUAAUACUCCUCGAAAUGGUGGAACCAUUCAGCACGGACAUGGAACGCGUGAAAACCAUCACUGACCUACGAAAGGGCCAGAUUCCCGCGCAUUUAACGGCCAACUAUCCAAAAAUAGCUCACAUCAUCGGUAAACUGGUUCAACGGAGACCAGGCAAGCGAUUGGAUACGGGACAACUGCUGGACGAACUGAAGAGUUUGUGUGAUAGCAAAGAUGAGACCAUCAAGUCGCUGAAGGAGAAAUUGGCGGCAAAGGAUGAUGAGAUAGCGCAGCUCAAAAUGAUGCUCGCUAAAUUUAAUCACCGUUUGUCAUAGUACCUGUGUAUAGUUAUAGUGUUGUGAUAUUUACGGAGUGUUUUUGUGUACUUUAAGUUCAGAUUUUAUCACAAUCAAUAAUAAUAUUAUUAUAACAACAUAUUUAACAUAUUUUGACAUCGAAAAUGUAAAUUUUGAAUGUAAAGACUUGUUUGCUGAUUUUGGACAACAUCAACUUUUAUUGAUGCUUCAUAAAAAUUAAAAUUUAAACGUUUUAAAGUCCAGACAUAAUAAUAUAAUUGGGACUUUUCACAAUUUUGUCACAAAGUAAUUAAGUGCUUAAUAAAAAAUGCAAACCUCAUUAACAGUAUUGGAUAAUGGUAGACUAAAAUGUAAAUUUCAAAAAACUGCCUGAAGAUAUAGAUUCUCCUGUGUUCUAGGCCUUUUAUUUAAUGGCCUUAAAUGACUAUUACUGGAUUAUGAAUAAAAAUGGCAAACAUUUUUACCAUGAACAGUCCAUUAUAGGUUUCUUAUCAGUAUUUAUCAUAAUUUGUGGCUUUUACACUUAACUUUAAUACUUAAACAUCAAUUAAUUUUGAGGCAGUGUAUAAAAAUGGCAGUGACGGUAAUCUUAAAUUGAGAUUUUACUACAUAAAUCUACAGUAUCUAUUGAUUAAUUAUUAAUUAUCAAUUCAAUAGAUUUUCCAUUUAAAAACCGAUACUAAAAUGUGGUUCUACUCUACUGGCAUUUUCAUUAAAUUUAAUAAGGGAGCAUUAAUAAGAAGAUAGAUAGGACAAGGACUACUGCUCUUUAGAAAGAGAGGGAAAAUAGUGGUACACUUUCUGUACUGACGCAUACCAGUUUUCGGGUGGAAAAUAUUAUACUUUGGUUUUGUAUCUCAGUUUAACAAUUCGUUGAAUCAGUGAAGAGAUGGAUAGUGUACAAAAUCUUUUGUCUCUUUCUAAACAAAAGUUAUGGCUCUACGACUUCUCUAUAAUACCUCUAUUGUUAAAUUUACCAAUCAUAGAGGUAUUAUGGAGUUCCCUUCAUGGAAAGUUCGAAAGUACUGUUGACGAUUUAGUAUAAUCUAACACCAAAUAAAGGUUAAUAGCAAUACAUAAUAUUGUCAUCUUAUAUACUUAGAAAUAUUAGGUCUUCAUAAUUUGAACAUAACACCGAAUGUGAAUCAGUAAGCUCCGUUCAAUGAUUAAAAUAAAGUUUGAGCUUCUUGAAAGUGAUAGGUAGGAAGCACUAAUAGCCAGUUUCACUACUUCUGCAAAGAAGUUUGUAUAGUUUAUUUGACAGUUAAAUUGACAUGUGAAAAUAUAGCUGUUUAACUCUUUUAAUUCAUAAAUAAAUUCAAACCGAAUCAUCUCAUCCAUUUUCCCUCGAGUCAGAGUUUGCUAAUAAAAGGCACUAAGCAAAACGUUAGUAAUAUACAAAACUUGACAUUGGCAGAAUCUGUUCUCUGUGAUCGAAAAAAAAAUCAAAUUGUGUCAAAUAAGCUAACAGUAACGAUCAGCGCAGGAAGUAGUGAUACUGGCUCUUAAUCUUUAAAACAUUGAUAAACAAUAAACAGCUAGACUCACACUCACACUCAUAAAUUAUCCGAAACUGAGUUUUGCCUAUGCAUCUACGCAGUUUUCUCAUGAAGGAUAUGGAUGGAUGAAUGGACUUCAAACAUUACUGCCACGAGAUAAGGUGCUAAUUUAAAUAAAUUGAAUGUUAAGUACAACGCCUUUCGGUAAUUUUUUUUUUUUUACAUAUGUGAGUCUUGCUGUUUAUCAAUGCUUUAAAAUAAUAUUUCCUUGAUAAUUCUAACCCUGGCGUUUGACAGCUGUAGCACAUGACAUGACAUGUUCUACGUUUUUGACAUUAAUUUCAUACAGAUCGAAUAAUGAAUUUGAAGUUUUAUAACUGAAUUAAUACUUUCUCGUAUUAAUUUUUAGUUUAAUACUAACCCUGGCGUUUGACAGCUGUAGCACAUGACAUGACAUGUUCUACGUUUUUGACAUUAAUUUCAUACAGAU